AUGGUCAUCUUCACUCUACUAAUGCAGAGACCAUAUCUCGACCAGAUCAAGGAACGAACCGCGAAGGCGCCACACCUAUAUCACGUUCUCCACCUUUUACAACAUCAACAUCCCUGGGCCUCUGAAGCAGAACUGAUCGACUGGGAGCCCAAUGGAAUCCUCCGGGCAGAAAAAUAUGUCUCAGCCAACGACCUUCGUGCCGCUGUAAGAGACAGUACAUUCCAACCUGCCCUACGUUACCUCAUACUCGAGAAUGUAUCGCCGGAUUUGGUCGAAGUUGUUGGCUCCGAAUACGACAUUGACCAAGAGUUCUGGGUCGACCAUGCGUUGGAAUGCCGACCGAACCAACGGGUAUCGUCGAUGCUACAGUCAGUGGCGACGGAGGCGCCUUUUUUUCACGUAGACUAUGCGCGAAAUCAUCGGACCGUGGACCUGCACCUCUUCGACGACGACGACGACGACGAUGAUGAUCAAGUGGAAAAGCACAGGUCCGAGCUGAAAGCGUACCUCGGCGCCGGGCGACCCCAUUACUUCAGGCGAGAAUUCAACAUCCGGCCGGAUAUGCAGGGCUUUCAGCUGCGUGAGCGCGUGUCUGUGUACGUGAAGAGUCUGGGUCAAGAUCGAUGGCUAGUACUCUUUUUACUCGAUCCCCCACUCACUCCUUUCCAACCUUCUCAUUUCAUGGGGAGUGUUCGAUUCCCGCCAGCGACCACCUGGCAAAGCAGGAUCUUACCGACCGAAGGCGGUCUCGGCCUCCGUGAACAAUUGGCGCACCAUCUCAAGCGUGGAAACCCCCUUUCUCCUCUGGUCGGCCAUCCAUUGAGCUCUGUUCUGUUGGUAUUCAUGUAUGUUGCCCUCGUCUGGAAAGACAUCCUCAACAGAUUACGGAUCAUGCUGGAACGGGAGGCUUUGAUCGGCGUCAAUCCUCUAGGACCCGGCUUGCAGGUCCUCGAACGCCUGCACGAAGCUCGCGUGAACCUCAACUAUGCAAUCACGGCUAUCAAAAAUGCGAUCAUCUACCUCGGGCAUCGUGGGGCGUACCCUUGGCCUACGUUGGGCAUAUCUGCUAGACCGGAGCCGGAGCUGGCUGUCAAAAUCCAGGCGCUGGAGCUGGACUUCCGACAGCUGCUGGCAGAGGCAGAGGGGCUGGGAGUGCUCGUGCAACAGUCCUUCAACACUCUGAUGAGCACCCUGUCCUUCCAAGAGACCCAGAGUAGCGCAAAGACCGGAGAAGUGGCACUUCAGCAGAGUACGUCCAUGGCACGGCUCACGGUCUUGGCCUUUGUGUACGUGCCUUUGGGGUUUGUGUGCGGCGUAUUUGGGAUGAACAUCCAAGAGAUCAACGGGACAGGAGAUCCACUCUGGGUCUUCUUCGUCGUGCUUGUCAGCUUGGUUGUAGCGACACUCGUAGUGGCCGUGAUGUUCUCGAAGCUAUCGAGCCAGUCCGUCAGGACGAAACUGGCCGAAGCGUGGCGGCGAGGUAAGCUACGUAGAAUGAGGCACGCAGACAAAAAAUACCCUGAAGUGUGAAAGUCGCCUCAUGGGCUGGGUAUUUGAUCGGGAAAGAAGCCAUGUUAACACUUGGUUGAUAAUUGAGAGGAGGUAAAGGGCUCAAACUUGCCCUGGUGUGUAAGUUGAGACCUGAAGAACAACACGGCUGUUUGCUCAAGGCGCUGGAAGUCCUUGACAAACCUCAGGUUGACAGCCACAUACAACAAAUG